ACUUUCAUGGCUUCCACCCAGCCAACCACAUGCACGGCCACCAAACUGGAAAUAAUAGCCAGCAGGUUCGUGUUGAGAAGAGAAUCCAUUUUCUCGUCUUCCCAUGGACAGUAGUGCUUUCCUCCGAUCGAUCGCGGCAAAUUGCAAGACACGGGUUCGCUAGCUAGUUACUGUUCGUAUAGUUGUUGUGCACUCCAGUUUACUUGUUGUUGUUGAUUGCAAAGAAGCAAUAACCAGGUUGACAUACAUUACAGUACUGUAGUUGUCAAGAUUUCCCGAGCUGAACAGUCCAGACACGCUAGUCUUGUCACUUAUAGCAGUUGAGCCAAAGCUGAGCUUCUCGAAUACUUGUUCAUCAAGCACACAAUUUGAACUCUUUCUUGAUAUUGUUCCGCUACUACCACUACCCAGUUGAGCAAACAAACCACAGCACAGCACCCUACCUGAUCCCAAUCCAACCCAUUCAACCGCCAAUACUUCCUUUUUUCGUUACACAACAACUACUACUACAAUCAUGAUGCUAGGACCCAAGGCUCUGCUCCGUCAGCGCAUGAUGGACGGCAACAAGCUGGCUCGUCUUUCCUCUGAUGGAGUUCCUGCUUGUGUCGAGGCUUCUUCGCAGUCUACCGAUCCAGCAUCGGAUCAAGACUCGGACGAUGAGUUCAUCCAUGAAUCGUCUUCCUAUGCUUACGACGAGAAGUGCUUGGGAAAAGAUCCCUACGCCGAUGUGCGCGAACGCAUGGAACGAUUGGCCGCCAACGAUCGUGCCCUUCACGCUACGCAUACCAUCAAGGGGAGCACCAAGUCUCACGAAGAAGAACUCUCCAUCCCCGCCUUGACGGCCAUGUCGACCUACUUGGCCUACACUGUCUUGAUCAUGUGUGGACGCAUUCGGGAUCUGUUGGCGUCCAUCUUUGGAGGACGAUACAUUCGCCAACCAUCCAAAACCAACCCUGUUCCGAGUGACAAUAGGACUUUCUUUGCUCCCAUUGUCAAGAGUUGGGAACACUUCUACACCCGUCGUCUUUACCAUAGGAUUCAGGAUUGCUGGAAUAGACCCAUCGCUUCCAACCCCGGUGCUCACAUUGAAGUCUUGGAGCGAGUCAGUACGGACAGUCAAAAGUCCAUGAAGUUGGUAGGACCCAUUGACAGUAUUCCCGAUGAACGCACUCGCAACGAGUACACCGAAGGCGAGUUCUACACCGAGGCACACAAUGGUGCCGUGGCGAGAAAGUGUCUCAACUUGGGCAGUUACAACUACCUAGGAUUCGCUGAUGACUGGAAGAAUACCUGCCAGGAUGAAGUCAUGGGAUCUUUGGAAAAGUUCCCCGUCAGUGCCCAGGCGUCGCGCAAUGAGAUGGGAACCACUGCCUUGCACCGAGAGUUGGAAACCACCGUCGCCAACUUUUUGAGAAAGGAUGACGCCCUAGUCUUGACCAUGGGAUUCAAUACCAAUGCCACAACCAUUCCUGCGCUCAUGGGACGAGGUGACUUGAUUAUCUCGGAUGAACUCAACCACACCAGUAUCGUCAACGGUGCACGUGCUUCCGGCGCUGCCAUUCGUAUCUUUCGUCACAAUGAUAUCGCUCACUUGGAAGAGACCAUUCGAGAAGCCAUUGUCCUGGGACGUCCUCGUACCAGGCGUCCUUGGAACAAGAUCAUGGUCAUUGUGGAAGGAGUCUACUCGAUGGAGGGUGAAUACUGUGACUUGAAGAAUGUUGUCAAGGUGUGCAAGAAAUAUGGAGCCUACGUUUACCUCGAUGAAGCUCAUUCCAUUGGAGCCAUGGGACGCACUGGACGUGGAUGCGCCGAGUACACUGGAGUCAACACUGCCGAUGUCGACAUUAUGAUGGGAACCUUCACCAAGAGCUUUGGUGGUAUGGGAGGGUACAUUGCUGCCAGUAAGGAAGUCAUUGCCCACCUCCGAUGGAAGUGUGCGGGAAGCUCGUGUCACAACUCCUUGAGCCCUAUCGUCUGCCAACAGGUUAUUACUGCUUUCAGGGUGAUGCAGGGCCAAGACGGAACCAAUCUCGGCAAGAAGAAGUUCCAAGACUUGAGGGACAACUCCAACUAUUUCAGAAUGCGUCUCAACGAAAUGGGGCUGUUGACGCUAGGUCGCUAUGAUUCUCCCAUCAUGCCAGUGAUGUUGUACAUUCCCACCAAGAUUGCAGCGUUUUCAAGAGAAUGCUACAAGAGAGGUCUUGCAACUGUGGUGGUUGGAUUUCCUGCCGUACCAUUGCUCAUGGCGCGAGCACGCUUCUGCAUCUCGGCAGCACAUACACGAGAAGAUCUUGAUAUGGCCCUCAACGAGCUCGAGGAAAUAGCCGACAUACUUCAAUUGAGGUAUGCUCGGUCGCCCUUCUCCAGCUAGCGAGCGACUUGAUCUUGAGGAUCGCUGGCUUGCUUGUCCUUUUGACCGUACCGCAUUAUUGGAGUAAGAGUUGCUCUUUCUGCUCCUCGUCUCUUUGUGAUCGAUGUCUUGUGUUCCGCCCGUCGCAGUCAACAAACGCACACCGCACCACUCACUCACUGCAUAGAUAACUGUUUAGUAGCUGAUUCGAUUCGGCUGAACCUAAGAUCUCGUACCACUAGCUACCGGUACUGUAGCGGGUGCAGCCAUGUAGUACGGUAGUUGCGCUUGUCCCUUGUUGGGACAGCGGGGUGGGUGUUCAAUCCCUCGACCUCGUGAGCGGCGUGUGCGCAAGCCAGCACGGAUUUAGGGUUCUCGAACAGAUGGCCGGAGCUUCCGGGUGGGGUUGAGUCGUCGAGUGUGAGUCGACUGCAGCUCCUUUGGUGGGUCUUGUUGCCAUUUUCGGAGCUCAGGGUAGCAUCAACUCUCAGCUCAGUUCAGUGCUUCGCAGCAUUUUCUAGCUAGGUACCGUUCUCCUACGGAACUUUGGUACUGAUACCACAUUCGACCAAGUCCUCACCGUGAAUACCGCUCGAGUACACAAAUUUCAAGAGUAGUAUGUCCUUUGUUUAAGGCACUGAUUUGGCCACGUUCUCUUUCGUAGUGUUUUUGAUCAUUACUUAGACAUGCAUCUCAACAUAUUUACUUGAAGUCAUUGCAACGUACAGUAGUGCAAUUUUGUAUAGUAAGCAUUUUCCAAACCGGUUCACUAUGCAAAUGAUUAGUACACGGCUUGAAUCAAAAGUUUCGAUUGGGUACAUGCUUUAGCCAGGGCUUUUUUUGAAAACUCC